CCUUACGCCAUACGCCAUUGGCCCGAGGGUAGCCUGAGGCACACACUGAGCUCUCCCGGAAGGAAAUCGAACCACCUGAUUUGAUUCGAGCCGACACCCACCUCAUCCAAUCCAUUCUACUAACGUCGACGCAUUGGAUACUUACUCAACCUCUCCAUCCUAAACGCACCGAGCUCCAUACUCGCCGUCAUUGACCACAGAAGAAUCUCCCCUCCUCCAAGUCAAUUCCUCUUAAAAGCCAUUCACAAUGUCGGACGACGGUCAGGAGCUUGUCACCAAGCCUUUCAAGUUUGUCACUGCUGGCACUGACGCCCGUUUCCCCAACCAGAACCAGACCAAGCACUGCUGGCAAAACUACGUCGAUUACCACAAGUGCAUUCUCGCCAAGGGUGAGGACUUUGCGCCUUGCCGCCAGUUCUGGCUGUCUUACCGAUCUCUGUGCCCCUCCGGCUGGUAUCAGCGCUGGGACGAGCAGCGCGAGGCCGGAAACUUCCCCGUCAAGCUCGACGCCUAAGCCGACCCCGUAGACUGGAUGGAUUAGUGGAUGUUGUUAGAAGAGUCAGAGCAGACACACUGCAAUUGUAUCAUUUGUGAUAUUGCUUUCAAAGCUAACCCCAAAUAUUGACUGUUGUGUUUUGAACACUGGCUUUCCGCAUUGUGAUGACGUCUCGAGUCUUGUCGAAUGAGAUUAUUGCUAUCAUUUUAGCUAUAUGAGGCUCAUGCAAAAGCGCUGGCAAUUCAAACUCCCAAAUAAUACUCCAUGAUUCCAUACUCCGUAAUCCAAAAAAUGGCUAUGGCGAUUGGCCAGUAUAAGUCGCAAUGACAAAUCCCCAAUUUGAUGAUCACUCUGACGAGACCCAUCAUUUUUCCUCAUCCUCAUCGUCUGAACUCAUAAAUUCAUCGUCCUCAUC